UUAGUUUAGAGGAAUCUCCAUAUCUUUAUAUGACCUGUCAACAGAUGUCAAAAAUCAUGGACUUGUCUGCUGUCGUUAGAAAUGAAUAUCUCCACAUCGUCUGCUGGGAAAUAGACUGAAAUGGACAAUCCUGCACUUUGUCAAGACGAUGGCGUGAAACUGAAAAAACGUCCGGUCACCAUCGGAGGGGCUCCUCGUGUUGAAGUGGGACCAACAGGAAUCAAACUCAGACGUAAUCUAGGGCUGAUCAGCGGUACCUCAGUCAUAGUGGGCACUAUUAUAGGUUCCGGAAUCUUCAUUUCUCCCAAAGGAGUCCUCCAAGAGACGGGAUCUGUCGGCCUCAGCCUCGUAGUAUGGGCCGCAGGGGGCAUGCUAUCGCUCAUGGGUGCCCUUUCCUAUGCUGAACUGGGAACACUGAUCAGCAAAUCUGGCGCCGAGUACCACUACCUAAUGGCAGCCUUGGGUCGAGUGGUGGCCUUCCUGUUCGCAUGGACCAAGGUCUUUAUUCUCACUCCCUCCUCCCUGGCCAUCAUCUGUCUGACCUUCGCAGAGUAUGUCAUGUCCUUGAUGGAGUUCUGUGGAGAGCCCCAGAUACCCAAGAAAAUGAUUGCAGCCUUGGCAAUACUAACGCUUGCAAUUGUCAACUCUUUGGACACGACACUAGCUGCAAGCGUGCAGGUCUUCUUCACUGGGGCGAAACUCAUCGCCCUCGUCAUCAUCGUCAUCGGUGGCCUGAUCUGGCUGGGCAAAGGAGAAGUGGCGACACUCCAGAAAGGUUUCGAGGGUUCCACUAGUUCCCCUUCAGGCAUGGCCUUGGCUUUUUACGACGCAAUGUGGGCUUACGACGGGUGGCAUAGUCUGAAUUACAUAACAGAAGAGCUGAAAACCCCAUACGUAAACCUCCCCCGAGCCAACGUGCUAGGGGUCCUACUGGUGACCGUUAUCUACGUGCUGACCAACAUCUCCUACCUGGCCGUCCUCGGGACCGAGGGGCUCCUCAACUCUAGCGCCGUGGCUUUGGAAUGGGGCGAGGUAGUGCUAGGAAACAGAGUUGCUGUCAUCAUGCCGCUGUUUGUCAUGUGUUCCACGAUUGGUUCUGCUAAUGGGACUAUGUUUGCUGGAGGCAGAACACUGUACGUUGCUGCCCGAGAGAACCAGUUCCCCGAAGUACUGUCCUACGUCAACAUACGUCGUGUGACACCAAUUCCUUGUAUCAUAUUUACAACUGUAGUUGCUCUACUGAUGUUGAUUCCUGGGGAUAUUGGGAGCCUCAUCAAUUUCGUCAGCUUUGCCUCCUGGAUGUUCUACUCGUUGGCCAUUGUGUCUCUGAUCGUAUUGAGAUUCAUCAGGAAAAACGAGCCCAGGCCCAUUAAGGUGUUUAUCCUGUUCCCAAUCAUCUUUCUGUGUUGCUCCCUUUACCUGGUCGUGGCCCCCAUCAUCCAGAACCCCAGACUAGAGUUCCUGUACGCCUUCCUCAUCAUUAUAGGAGGGCUCGUGUUCUAUGUCCCCCUCGUUCACUUCAGAAUCCACAAGAGCUGCUUCAAUCCUGUCACGUUAUUUGUUCAACUGCUCAUGGAGGUUGGACCAAGUUCGUAUGUUCCGGACUCUGAAUAAUUCUCCGUGAACUCACCGUCUAUUUUAAAUUGGAAAUCCAUUUUACAUGAUUCAAAACCAUAAGAUAUGUAAAGUCU